AUGUCGCACGCUGAGUCUUUCCCCGUGGUUGAGUCGCUUCUCGAUGUGACCAGAGAACCGUAUAGGUCGAAUCGAGAGGCAUGGAAACCGGUGAUAGACGAGUUCUCCAGGAAUCUAUUGAGGACAACAUCCGAAGGCACCUCCCAAUCUAUCGACAAGCAUGAGGAAAGGGGACAACUAUUGGCAAGAGACAGGAUAUCGCUGCUGCUAGAUCCUGAUUCGUCAUUUCUUGAGCUGGGCUCUUUUACGGGCUUCGACUUGAAGGAUUCCAGCCCUUGUGCCAGCCUCCUGGCUGGUAUUGGAAGCAUCAGCGGCCGCAUCUGCCUCGUUCUCGCGCACAUUGCAACACAAAGUGGUGGCGCAUGGAACGAGCUGACAGUGAUCAAACAAAACAGAGUGACGGAAAUCGCCAACGAGAAUGACUUGCCGAUCGUCGCCCUCGUGCAGUCGGCAGGGGUCUUCCUUCCACAGCAGUUUCGAGUGUUCCACAAGGGGGGACAGAUUUUCCGUGAUCUCGCCGUGCGAACCCAGAAUGGACAGGCCUCUUGUGCAAUUGUCUUUGGCUCCUCCACAGCAGGUGGCGCCUAUCAUCCUGGGCUGUCAGAUUAUACUAUUUUCGUUGAGAAUCAAGCACAAGUCUUUCUCGCAGGUCCUCCUCUCGUCAAAAUGGCUACCGGCGAAAGUAUCGUCGCGGAGGAGCUGGGAGGGGCUCGGGUUCACGGGACUGUCACCGGCCUUGCGGAUCAAAUUGCCUCUGACGAGUUUGACGCGGUUCGCAAGGCUCGAGAAUGGGUCAGUACGUUAUCGGCUCCGAGUCGCCCAGCGCAGCCUAUGCGUCCACCGCUUGCGCCGCGUUAUCCAAUCGAUGACAUAUUUUCCAUUGUCAAUCCCGACGUGCGAAAGCCCUUCGAUAUGAAAGAGGUGGUUCUCCGGUUGAUUGACGAGUCACGUCUGGCGGUAUUCAAGCCUGAAUAUGGUCGGAAUCUGUUGACAGGGUGGGCAUAUAUAAUGGGGAUGCGUGUUGGAAUAAUUGCAAACCAGACACCCAUCAUCAAUCCCGACGAAGCAUCCAAAGGCACGCAGUUCAUCCGCCUGUGCAAUCAACAAAACAUCCCAAUUGCCUUUCUUCACAACGUGACUGGGUUUAUGGUGGGCUCCAAGGCUGAGCAUGCAGGCAUUAUCAAAAAGGGGGCGCAGUUUGUAUCCGCGGUCAGUUGUUCAAAAGUGCCACACAUCUCCAUUAUCUUAGGGGCAUCAUAUGGCGCAGGCAACUAUGCCAUGUGUGGAAGGUCAUAUAAACCACGCUUUCUCUUCACCUGGCCAACUGGACGGUGCAGUGUAAUGGGACCAGAGCAGCUGUCUGGGGUGAUGGCUCAGAUUGAAGCUAAUAGCGCCCGGAGCAAAGGAGUGGUCCUCAAGCCCGAGGAGGUGGAAGCUAGAGUGCAGCGGCUGCAGCAGGAAGUCCAGAGGGACAGCAGUGCGUAUCGGACAAGCGCCUACUUGCUGGAUGAUGGAGUAAUUGAUCCUCGGGAUACGCGCGAUGUGCUUGCAAUGUGUUUAGAAGUCGUGCAGACACCGCCAGUGCAAGGGAGUGCAGGCCAUCGGGCUUUGGCAAGAAUAUGA